GCGCCCCCAGGAACUAAGUACGCGGUGUACACUUGUAGCCACCGGCACCGCGCCUCCUAGUCCUUUAGGGGAUUUGUAGUUUCUAAUGCCAAGAACUCUGCCGCAUAGUUAAGACGUUUUUUGAAGAGAAAACUACAAUUCCCCCAGAGCUCCUCGAACGUGUUACUUGUCAAUAUGGCUGUUGUCAGACAGACAAAGCGCAGAGGCAAAUAAUUCGCCUCUGAUUAGAAAUCCUUGGAAAACAUUCACACGGCGGGCACGGAUAUCAAACUGCAUUAUAACUCGGCCUCAGUUCACUCCGACGUGGGCCUUUGGUCGUGUUGUGAAGUUAAAUGGUCAAGCGGACGUUUUAAACCCAGGAUGUCUGACUUCAGCGAGGAGCCGCGCUUCACUAUCGAGCAAAUAGAUCUGCUGCAGCGGCUACGUCGCUCCGGCAUGACCAAGCAGGAGAUUCUCCAUGCCCUCGAAACUUUGGACCGGCUGGACCGGGAGCACGGCGACAAGUUUGGUCGCCGCACCUCUUUCUCCUCCUCUUCCUCCUCCUCCUACGUAGUAGGCGGGACAAACAGCUGCACCAACAACUCUGCCUCCAACAACACUGCCUCGGCAACCGCCACCUCUUCUGUGAUGUGCAAUGGCGACAACGGCGCCGUCAACAGCGGCGAGGCCGGCGUACGCGGCCGCUCCACGACCACCACCGCCUCCUCUAUGACCUCCAAGAUGUCCACUGCCACGCAGACGCAGUUUGGAAGCAGCGGGGGGCUGUCGCCCUCUCCGAGCAACAGCUACGACACCUCCCCGCCUCCGGCGCCGCCGCCACCGUCCGCCAUCCUGCCCUCACCUGUCUCGCUGGUGGCGCUGUCACAGAACGGUCGCGACAGCCUAGCUGCUACGCCCAACGGGAAGCUGUCUCCUCCUCGGUACCCGGUGAACAGCGCCGCAGCAGCAAGAACCUUUGGCUUUGAAGCUACGGACGAUGACCUUGACGUUGACGAUAAAGUGGAGGAGCUGAUGAGGAGGGACAGCAGCAUGGUGAAAGAGGAGAUUAAAGCCUUCCUUGGGAACCGCAGGAUCUCUCAGGCAGUGGUUGCACAGGUCACCGGCAUCAGCCAGAGCAGAAUCUCCCACUGGCUGCUGCAACAUGGCUCCGACCUGAGUGAGCAGAAGAAGAGAGCCUUCUACCGCUGGUACACACUAGAGAAAACGACUCCAGGUGCCACUUUGAACAUGCGACCGGCACCGUUGCCUCUGGAGGAGAUGGAGUGGAGGCAAACCCCUCCUCCCCUUGCCACUGCCCCAGGAACAUUCCGACUUCGGCGGGGAAGCCGCUUCACUUGGAGGAAAGAGUGCCUGGCUGUGAUGGAGAGCUACUUCAACGACAACCAGUAUCCAGAUGAGGCCAAAAGGGAGGAGAUAGCCAACGCCUGCAACGCUGUUAUUCAGAAACCAGGGAAGAAGCUGUCUGACCUGGAGAGGGUCACCUCCCUCAAGGUUUACAACUGGUUUGCUAACCGCCGCAAAGAGAUCAAGAGACGAGCCAAUAUUGAAGCCACAAUCCUGGAGAGUCAUGGGAUAGAUGUGCAGAGCCCAGGGGGACACUCCAACAGCGACGAUAUUGACGGGAACGAUUUCACGGAGCAGGCAUGUGAUCUGCCAUAUUUUGACAAGAGACCUCUCAGCCGACCAUUUGGCCUUUACCGCCUGGAGCCCACCUCACCUACACAGGAUGACAACGCCGCUCACAGCGAGCACCAGGACCCCAUCUCCUUGGCUGUGGAGAUGGCGGCUGUCAACCACACCAUCCUGGCCCUGUCCAGAACCGGAGGCGUUCCCGGCGACAUCAAGACCGAGGCCCUGGAGGACGAUUGAAGCGCACAGGGAAGUUGCAAGAGGGGAGGAAGCAAUGAGAGGGGGAAAGGUCGAGGAGGAAUGAAAGAAGCCGCACCUCCUUCCUAAAACUAAUAUGAAUGGCUGUCCACACUAACCCUGAGAUCUUAUCUAAUCUAAACUAAAUACAACGGAUACAAACUAGUGUCUCUAAAAAACGAUGGAAAAUGCUGUCUCCCACAAUCAAAAUCUGUGGUUCGAGUCCUAGUUCCGGCCCCUCCAACCCCCCUCCCAGGAUACCUCCUCUCUUUUACUCUUCUUCACCCACACUCCUCCUUCUUUACCUCUGCAGCCUCGUCGUCUGAGCCGACUCACUCAGUCUAACUCACCGUCAACCUCAAAAAAAAAACAACAAAAAAAAGUAUACUGUAUAUAAGAUAUUUGGUUCUCAGUCAGUCUAACCUACAGGUGUGCGACCUAGCUACCUAGCUACCUAGCUACUCUCCCAACUCACCUCCUCUUCAUAGUGCAAUGAAUGAAUGAAUGGCAAGACAAACCUCGGACGAAUGGACAGCAUCUCCAUUUGUGGCACUGCUGCAGUCCAAACACAUUUCAUUGGCAAGCAGCGGUGUCUAUCUAGUCCCCGCUAGGGAUGGCCCGAUACCACUUGUUCAUAUCCGAUACUACAUUUUGUAUAUCGGCUGAUACUAAUUGCUUUUCAGGAAGGUAGUAAAUUCUUUUUUUAUUGGGAACAUUUUUUGGUUUGUAUCCGUUUCAGGUAGAGUCGGAUCUUCUGGAACAAAUUAAUGACACUAAGCUAGGUUCCGGGUGGCACGGCGGUCGAGUGGUUAGCGCGCAGACCUCACAGCUAGGAGACCAGGGUUCAAUUCCACCCUCUAUCUCUGUGUGGAGUUUGCAUGUUCUCCCCGUGUUUCUCCGGGUACUCCGGUUUCCUCCCACAUUCCAAAAACAUGCUAGGUUAAUUAGCGACUCCAAAUUGUCCAUAGGUAUGAAUAUGAGUGUGAAUGGUUGUUUGUCUAUAUGUGCCCUGUGAUUGGCUGGCCACCAGUCCAGGGUGUGCCCCGCCUCUCGGCCAAAGACAGCUGGGAUAGGCUCCAGCACCCCCGCGACCCUCGUGGGGAAAAAGUGGUGGAAAAUGAAUGGAUGAAUGAACACUGUAAAAUCAAAUGAAAGUGAAACUUUGUGCAAAAGCUUAAAACAAAUGAAAAAGGAAUUUGAUUUCCAGCAGUAAUAUGACUUAACAAACACUCAAAAAAUGCAAGAAAAAAUUUCCUCGGUGUGGACAGAUGCUGGUAGAGAUUAUUUGUGGAAAGAACAGAAUUAGGCUAAAUUUUCUGGAAAUUUCACUUUUGUUCAAGCGGAAACGUUGCCAGGAAUUCUUAAAUCGGAAUCAGAGAAAUACAGUUGCUGGAAUGACAGUCUAGUCUAGGAACUAGUUGACUGGAAAAACCUGACAAAAAAUGACUUAACAAACACUCAAAAAAUGCAAGAAAAAAUUUCCUCGGUGUGGCCAGGUGCUGAUAGAGAUUAUUGUGGAAAAGAACAGAAUUAGGCUAAAUUUUCUGGAAAUUUCCAGAAAAUUUGUUCAAGCGGAAAACGUUGCCAGGAAUUCUUAAAUCGGAUGCACAGAGAAAUGCAGUAGCUGGUAGUACAGUCUAGUCUAGGCACUAGUUGACUUGGAAAAACCUCAUGUUUGAAAUGUCUCAGUCCACAUAGUUAAUACGAGGGCUAGGCUAAUAGGCCGUGCUACAGUGUCGUUUGUCUCUGUUUACACAACCUAAAAUUUUAAUGUUGCUGUUCUUUUAUUGUGGCCAGUCUGAGCCACACCUGUGCAAUAAUAAUGCCGUCUAAUCUACAUCUUGAUAUGCCAAACCUGAUAGGUUGAAUGAAUGAAACAAAUUGGAUCGGACCAUCCCUAGUCCCCACCCCCCACCCUUGUGAGAAGUUGUCAUGUUCUGCUGUUGAAUGCAAACCUUGCCUUAAUUUGAACCACAACUCUUUUGGAAUCUCACUGCAGGACUGUUUUGCAUGUCAGGACUCACGAGUCGUACUUCAAAGUGAUUUUUUUUUGGGGGGGGGGGUUUAAGAGUGAGAACAUUUUUUUUUCCAUUCAACAGAAGGGAUUAAGAUAUAAACCCCCCUUAUGGUGACUGUCUCCUCAAUCAUGUUUGCCUUGAUGUUUGAGCUUGUCAGUGACUUUAUGAAGUGCUGGAGGCAACGAAGAAUGAGUUUUAUGGGUCAAUGUGAUAAUCAAGCAAGCGUAAGCUAAUCAUGGAAAACUGUGCUUUUGUUUUAACGCCAUCCAUGCCAAAGGUAAAAAGAUGCUAGGAUGAGGCCCGCUCAAAGAUGGUGCCCCUCGUCUGCCCGCGUUCACUUCAUGGGCAUCCAAAGUCAUUUUUUAUUCUUUUGUUUUUGUGUGCGAAUGCUCCCCUCGGGGGGCCAGCGUGAUGUGCAAUGCCGGCCCAAGUGCAGCCGGCCGCAAAACAGAGGCUGGAGAUAUUAUCGCCAAAAUGUACUCCUUCUAUGCCUCUAUAAUGAGAUUUGUUCAGCGAUGAUGUAAAUGAAAUUAUACUUUCUAUACCAUACGUUGGGAUAUGCAAAUCUAACUAGCCUCAAAGGUAAACGAACCACUUUUAAAAUGAAGCAGUACUCUGUACACGGCUCAGUAUUUAAAGUCAAAGGACGCUUAAAACUUGAGCCUCUUCCUGAUGACUCAGCACGUUUUCAGUCAAACUGAGCUCGGGGCAUCUUUUGACUAAAAGGAAUAGAUUUACACUUUGGGAAAAUGCUUAUUUUUUAAACCUCUUUUAGAAAUUUUAUGCAUACAACUAUUAAUCCAAUAUUUCAAUCUAAUUACCGUGGAACAACUUGACCAUCAUGGUCGUUAUUUCGUUUCGAGUAUUGUUAACUUCCUCAUUAUGGGUAAGCAACUAUUUACACAGCGACUUCCUGUUCAGUGCAAAAUAAGCUUCAGUGACUUGUUGCUCAGUGCAAAAUAAGCUUCAAUGACUUAUUGUUCAGUGCAAAAUAAGCUUCAGUGACUUAUUGUUCAGUGCAAAAUGAGCUUUGCAAUUAAAAAAAAAAAAAAAACCUGGCAGUAUUAACCCGGAUUCUACCACAACUAAAAUGCACUCACUGAAUUUAUAGCCAAUAGUCAAAAGAUUUUGCAUACACGCAAACUUUUGCGUAAUUAUAGUGAAGACACACAACAAAAUUAUAGCAGCAAUAUUGGAGUAUAAAAUCUAAUUGCUAAAAUGCUGGAAUUUUUUUUCUGAGGAAAAAGUAGUGCCAAAUCUCAGUGGCGGUCCAAAUUCAUGUGUUGCGGGCCGCCACAAAGAUAUCAAUGUAUGUGAAAGACUGGGUCCCGUCCUGCUGUGUUAAAGUGGCCUGGCUUAACUUAACCUAAAUUAAAAAAAAAAAAACAUAUUUUUAAGUAACAUUUUUUUUAACACUAUCCAAUGUAAAUGACUUGGGAUUUUUCCCCAAAGUGUGAAUCUAUUCCUUUAACCCUCUUUGUGUUGCUUUUGGAGUAGCGGGCCAGUUAUGUCAUUCAAGUUGAAAAUAUACUGUGGUAUUAAUGACUACAUUGAAAGUCCAUUAUGUUUUUUUUCUUGAGGGCUUUAUGGAAUAUUGCCAAGCUUUGGGCUUCAAUGUACAUUUUAAAUGUAUGAGGUGAUGACUCGUACAGGGACCUGCAAUUCAAAAAGGAUUAAAAAAAGGAUUUUAGGGUUGGAAAAAAAAAUAUAUAUAUAUGUAUUUAUACUCAUUUUUAAGGCUAAUGUACAAAAUGUUUUGAAACAAAACAUUGUAUUUAUGUUCUCAAUUUCUUUUGGUUUUCUGAUUAUUUCCACAUUUACUGUUUAAGGCUCCCCCGUUUGUGUUUGAGGUGUUUUGUGAAAGACAAAUGAUGAUGCACCUUACAGAACGACACCGUCAAGAUCAGGAUUAUGGAAACGGCUGUCACUUUAGAGCACCAAAGGCCAUUGGAAAUUGGCGUGUUUUAAUGUUGCCUAUUCGGUUCAUUGAAAAAUUAACAAACCCCUUUUAUGCAGACAUUUUUAGUCUGCGAAAAGCAGGGGUGUCCAAAGUGCGGCCCGGGGCCACAGUUUAAUUUAAUAAAUUUAAUUAAAAAAUUAAAUUUCACACGAGAAAAAGCCAUCGUUUUAGUAGCAUAAUGUUUUUGUCAUGAUAUAGGAAACAGACCCAAAAAAAAUCUGUAAAAAAUCUUUAAAAAAUUUUAAAAUUAAAUUAAAAAAAGUUUGAAUAAGGUACGGUAAUAAAGUCUUAAUUAAAUUAUGGGAAUUAAAGUAAGUAAUGAAAGGGAAUAAUAAAAUUAAAAAGAAGUAAUUUCAUGAAACUAACAUGAGGAACAAGAACAUUUUAGUAGCGUAAUAUUAAAGGAAAUUAAAAAAUGAAGUCAUAAUAGUCAUAAUAUUAUGAGCAACAAACAAAAAAUUGUAAUUUCAGGAAAAUUAAGUUGAAAAAAAAAUAAAAAUUAAUAAAAAAAAUCUUAAAUAAGGUAUGGUAAGGUACGGUAAAGUUAUGGGAAUAAAAGUAAAUAAUGAAAGGGAAUAAUAAAAUUAAAAAAGUAAUUUAUGAAACUAACAUGAGGGACAAUAACAUUUUAGUAGCAUAAUAUUAAAGGAAAUAAAAAAAAUUAAGUCAUAUGAGCAACAAACAAAAAAAAAUUAAUUUCAGGAAAAUUAAGUUGAAAAAAAUUAAAAUUAAUUAAAAACAUUUAAAAAAAUGAAAUUUUAAAAAAGUUUGAAUAAGGUACGGUAAUAUAGUUAUGGGAAUAAAAGUAAAUAAUGAAAGGGAAUAAUAAAAUUUAAAAAGUAAUUUAUGAAACUAACAUGAGGGACAAUAACAUUUUAGUAGCAUAAUAUUAAAGGAAAUUAAAAAAAUUAAGUCAUAAUAUUAUGAGCAACAAACAAAAAAAUUGUAAUUUCAGGAAAAUUAAGUUGAAAUUUUUUUUUAAUUAAUUAAAAAAAAAUUAAUUAAAUUUAAACAAAGUUUGAAUAAGGUACGGUAAUAAAGUCAUUUUUCACCCUGCCCUCGCUGGAAACAAUUUUGGACACCUCUGGCAUAAGGAAUGAAAAAAAUCUGUUUGGCUUUAAGAGGCUCUAAGACGUGAACUGCUGUAGGGAUUGUACAAACUAAGAAAGACUAGUAUACUUUUCUAUCCAUCAGUGUUUAAGCUUAACAUAAGGGGAUGGACAGGUAUCCAAUGAGGUGAUAUGUCGAGUGGGAAAACUGCAGUCGUUGCCGAAGUAUACUGUACGUUA